UGCAAAUUUACUUUGCUAUUCCAUACAACGAUCAUAGGUGACAAUUAGCGUGACCUGUAUAAUGUGAAUGCGUCUAAGCAAACAGAAUGGUUUCUUAAGCCAAAUCCAUUCUGUUGAAAGUUGUAGGUUUAAACAGAAAUUGAAACAAAGUAAUGACUACGGUAUUCGCAUGUAAAGGGUUUCAAAAGUGUCCUGUGAAAUUGACGCCCUCUGCACCGCUACAGGAGGUUGUUCUUGCUUCCUACGAGAAGCUCGGAUUUUCAGACUGGAGCCGUUUAGAAUUAUUUCAUAAUGAUAAAAAGCUAGAUUUAUCGACAUUAAUGCGCCAUUCAGGUCUUUCACAGGGGUCCAAAUUAACAGUGAAGGAAUCACAACAAUUAUCCAACGCGCUGCGUGGAUCUUCUUCAGCAUCUGGUGGUCAACUCAAAGUUGCUCUUCAAAUGCCUGGUUUUCCGAGAGUUGUUGAUCAAAUAUCGUCUCAAGAUACACUACUACAUUUGUUGGAGAAGCAUUCUUUCCUUUCCAACGUUGACCACGUUUUAAUCAAUGGUCGAGUAUAUCGUGAAUCAGAUUUUCAGCAACCGCUAUUACUUUUUGGAUUGCAUGAAGGUAGUGUUCUCAUUCGUCUAAUCCCUAAACCAAGCAAACCUACUAUGGAAAGCACGAAACCCGAAAGAGCAAUCACGUCUCCCACUUCUCAGUUGAACAGAAAUUCUCCCGAAUUACCAGAGAAAACAACUAGUAUGCAAGAUUUUCAACGUGCCAAAGAUUUUGUGGAUGCAAGACAUUCUUCCCGGCAAAAUCCACCUGAGACAAACACCUCCAAGGUUGAGCCCACUACCAUGGUCCCUUCACCGAAAGUGGAACCUCCUGGUAUGGAGAAGGAAGAAGUAAUAUCCGAAACUCCAAAGGAACCAAGCUCGCGUGUCGAUGAAGUUGAACCUUCAAGCCUGCAGGAUUCGCAGGAAUCGUCACGAGCAAGUGGUAUUUCGAAAUCAAAAGGAAUUAACAACAAAAAUAUUUUAGGAUCAAUGAUGAGCAAAAUAAAAAAAGAAAAAAAAAUAGAAAGAGAACAGGAUGAAUAUGAUUUAGAGCCUUCCAAAAGUCAGCUGGAGCUUUACCAAAAUAUCCUUCGAAAGAGAGCUAGUCAACCUUCUCGGACAAUUAGCUCAGAUGUUCCAAAGAACUACCCUUCUACAGCUACCGUCAAGUUUGACUUUGGCGAUGGUAAGCCCCUGUAUCAUGAAUUCUCUAAAGAAGAUAAGAUUCCUGACCUUCAUAAUUUUGUCACAUCUCACUUGCCGAAUGGAUUUCCUAGCUCAUUUUCACUCACGUUCAGCAAUUAUGAGCCUCUUCCUACCUCCGGACACGUCGUUGAAUAUAUCGGACGCGCAGUUGUUCGUGUCCAUCCAUCUUUAUGAUAACGUUCUUGAAUGAUGCCUUAGACGAGAUGAUUUUGAUUUAUGUUUGUAGAAAAAAAUACAGUAAAUAUUAUGGAUAUUUGAUUUAUUGUCAUCUGAAAUUCGGCAAACUAU